AUGCCAUUACGGAUAACAUCUGCUCCGGUAUCUGGUAUCCAAAAGAAAAAGAGACCCGCCACUUUCAAACCUCGCGCCUCCCCUUUUGCCGGACAUACUCGCCAGAAAGCCGCCGUUCAAUCUUCCCGCCCUUCCAAGUCUGACCAGCUAGGUGAGGUGUACACGGGUGAUUUCGAUCAGGGCCCACUUCCUGACUUGGGGGCUUCUCAUUAUGUGGCACAGAUUGCUCCCGUCGAGGAUGUGAUUCAGGCCAUCCACUACAUUCGCGACAAGAUGUUCGAGGAUAUCCCUGCUCGAGCUGGCAUGAAUAGUACUCGCAUUGCUGAAGUACUUAAUCUACGCCGGUCGCUACCUCCUCUCGCCUCGGUGGCUCAUGUUCACACGCUGAUCGAUGCGCCUACGAAAGUGGAGAAAGAAAUUGUGGAUCUGGUCAAUGCCGGUCGUGUUCGUCGCUUGAUCGUCCCAGGAAGAGGGAAUGAUGCGGCAGGGCUUGGCGAUUGUCUAGUUCUAACAGAGGAUUGGGAAAGGCUUGUGUUGGAAAGCAGUGGCUUGGAGACCUCAGUUAAGGAUAAAUUCCUUCAAGUUCUCGGCCAGAUCGGAAACACAUCGGCUAUACCAGCCUCGCUUCUUUCCCAAUCGGAGCGUAUGGGUCUUGUUUGCGCCGGGUUUUUGGUGUCAUCGUCCUCUCUCGUCAAAGGUUCCAUGGGUGUCGCAUCGCUUCCCGGUCUUCCUUCCUCUACUCCGGCUCCUGCUUCUCCUAGUCGGAGUGGUAGCGCCGGUCAGCCCUGCGACACUCCGAAUAACCAACAUCAGUCUCUAUUUGAGACAGCGACCCUCUUCUUAUCACUUCCCAACACUGGGCCAUAUCUUCGCCUUCUCGGAGCUGGUCGGAAGCAUCUCCUCGCUCUUCUCAACAAAUCCAGUUCUGGCGAGGCCCCCGUCUAUCUUCUACGCGAUCGCUGGGACGGCGCGGUUGAGACAGAUAAGAGCUUCAGCGUUGCGAAGCGCGUGCGAGGUGAAUUCGCUGGCAUACUUCCAGGAAAGACGAGGAAGUGGAGAGAUCUCUACGGCAUGAAUUUUGGCUGGGCUCUGGAGGAAGCUCUGGGGGCCGGGUUGAUUGAGAUCUUCGAUACUGGCAGUGUUGGGCCUGCAGUACGCGCUCUAUGA